AUGGUUGACACUACCGCUAUCGGCAGAGAAUACCAGGGCGAGGUAGAUGAGGCGGGCGAGCAGAGCGAAAGCUGGCCCCCGGGAUCGAGCAAGAAAUACCGCGUCAAGAACCGGGCGGCAGCGAAGCGGUGCCGCGAAAAGACGAAACAGUACGAGGAAGACCUUGCGGUCCAGGAGAAGGAAAUCACGCAGGAGCGGAUGUACCUCGACGCGUGCGUGACGGCGCUCAAAAACGAGGUGCUGACCCUCAAGAACCAGAUCCUGCAGCACAGCGACUGCGGCUGCGAGCUUAUCGAGGGAUACAUCGCCAGAGCCGCGGGCGGUAUCAGCGCGGCAGCCGCCGCACCGCCGGGUCCCCAGGAAUACCAGUCGAUCUGA